AUGGGGGCCCGCCGGCAGGCUGCAGGUCCGCGCGCUCCGGACCUCGCUGCACCCCCUUCGAAGCGCUGCUGCGGAGACGCCUGUGGGGGACACCUGUGCACGGGGGCGAGCCGCCCCGCGGGAGCCUGGCGCCCGCGCACACGCACCCACCCCCCGGCGCGGGGCCGCAGCCCAGAGCCCGGCGCCCGCCCGCGCUCCCCCUCCCGGCGCGCUCCGGGGCGGAGUUUCCUUCUCUGCUCAUUGUUCGCGACCCAGCGGCCGCCCAGCCCCGGCCCCGCCCGGCCCGGCCGCCGCCGCCGCGGGCGCGCUCCGGAGGGGAGGGGAACGGGAGGGGAGGGGAGGCGGAGGGGAGGGGGCGGGGGCCGGCGCGGACGGGACGGGAGUCGCCGCAGCUGCCGGCGGGGCCGCAGCCGCGCAGACGCCGCCCAGGACGCAGCCGCCACCACUGCUCUGCCGCUGGCUCCGCGCCCCAGCCCGGCUCUGCGGCAGCUGCAGGGAGGAAGGGCCGCCGGAGCGCGACUCGGGAGUCCCAGGCCACCGCAGGGCCGCCGGAGCCACCGCCAGGCCUCCCAGAGCGGCGCCCACGCUCCCACCACCCGGACGCACGCACGGACCUUCCGCCAGCCCCGCAGCCACCUGCUCCCGGCCCGAGGCGAGGACACGAUGCGCUCCGCGCUGGCGCUCUUGCUGCUGCUGCUGCUGCCGCCGCCACCGUCGCUCUCCCAGAACGUAACCACGUCCAGUGGUAACUCAGCUGCCACCACAAAGACAAUGGCCACCAGCCAGCAAGGUGCAGCUUCAGUACCUACUAACGCAGCAGUGACUUCAAAGAUAGUCCAGCAAAGCACAGUUCAACCUUCCAGUGACACAAGGACAAUAGCAUCCCCGGUCAACGAAAGCACCCUUACAGUGUCCAGCAGCUCAGCGGGGACCCUACCUAAGCAAGCCUCAAGCACAGUGGCCACUGUGAACUCGGCCAGCCCCACCACGACAGCUGCUGGUGGCUCAGCGGGCGUUAAAGAUUCAGCCAGCACUACCCUUGCACCACCCACGGUCUCAGCUAAGCCUGGAGCCACGAGUGGCCAGGGUGGAAUUCAAAGUGCAGCUGCACCUGGAGACCAAAGUACCCACAGAGUUUCUACAGGCGCCACAACCACUAAGGAAGAAGGUCAGGCGACCUCUCAACCUACAGAUCCAGUUACCGCCACACAAGCCACUCCUCCUCUUCCUCCGGCCAUGCCAACAAGCUCUCCCAAAUUGACUGACACCACUUCAGAGCUCCCAGAGAGCUCUCCCAAGGGACAACACCGUCCUCCCACAGCUUCAAGUAGUUCGGGCACUACGACUAGCCCUGGCCUCACCGUCACGCCCCACGGGAUGCCUGCCACACUGUCGCCGGCGGUUAUCGAACAAGGAACUCAACAGACCUCCAGCCAGAUGCCAGCCGUCUCUACAGACUCUUCCGCCAAGGCGCCGCCGCAGCACACGAGCCAGGCACCGGGAACUGCGACCACGACUCCCAUCGGAGAGCCCACAAGCCCUGUCCCCGAGUGGCCUACAACUGCCCCCCAAGGCCCCAGCACACCUUCUCCCAGCUCGGCUUUUGGGAAGAACAGGAUAAAGUGCGAUCCUCCUGAAAAACUGAGUGAGAACCUGCUUGUCCUGAACCUCACGAGAACCAGCCUCUGUGCAGGCAGUCCUCCGGAUGAAAAACUGGUCACACUUCUGUGCCGAGCAGCCAAGGCCACUUUCAGCCCAGCUCACGAUGAGUGCCACGUGGUGCUGGCACCAGUUCCAGAAAGUGACGUGGUGGCAGUCAAAGAAAUCAUGAUCCAGACAAACCUCCUUCCCAAGGACAUAUACGAACAGCUGAAGGACAAAUGGGACGACCUCAGAGAGGCGGGAGUCAGUCACAUGCAGCUGGGGGACCAGGGACCACCAGAAGAGGCCGAGGACCGCUUCAGCACGCCCCUCAUCAUCACCAUCGUCUGCAUGGCGUCCUUCCUGCUCCUCGUUGCGGCCCUCUACGGCUGCUGCCACCAGCGCCUCUCCCAGAGGAAGGACCAGCAACGGCUAACAGAGGAGCUGCAGACAGUGGAGAAUGGUUACCAUGACAACCCCACACUGGAAGUGAUGGAGACGUCUUCUGAGAUGCAGGAGAAAAAGGUCAACCUUAAUGGGGAGCUGGGGGACAGCUGGAUCGUCCCUCUGGACAACCUGACCAAGGACGACCUAGAGGAGGAAGACACACACCUCUGAUCAGGUCUGCUGGCGGCUUCCAGCAGCACCGCAGAGCUCCGGGCCGACCACCCGAAGUGCCACUUGGACAGGGGAAGGGACAGACUGGGGAGGGAGAGUGGACUCUCCUCCGCAUCCCCCCGGGGCCUUAAUUUUUCCCUUUUCAAGCUGAAUAAGUCACAUUCUGUCUAGAUUCCUCUUGUGAAAUAACCCACUAGUGCCUGAGCUCAGUGCUGCUGGAAGGUGAGAAGGGAGACCAAGAGCGAGCCCGUGAGAGACUGCGGCGAUCGUCUCGUAGGAUCCCUUCAGCUCGCAGGGAGAUUACCGAGGCCUGAAGGGGGUAAGGGACUCGCCCAAGGCCACAGAGCCACUUGGUGACAGGAUGAAAACAGAGAUUCCCUUUGCACCAUGUCACACUGCUGUGUUCACUUGUGCCCUCUCUCCAGAGCUGCCCUGGGCGGGGGUGAACCCCAGUGGGCGGACGGGCGAGGAGGGGUGCAGGGCCACACCUGGCACAGGCGGAUCUCACUACUUGAAAGCACAGGCCCCGUCUCCUGCCCGGCCUCACCUGCCAGCCUCCCGUGCCCUUUAUUCCUGCCCUCCCUUCACUCAUGUUUUAUUCCCAUUCCAUCCCAGGGCCCCUGGACUAGCCCAGGUCAUUCAUGACCUUGAACCUCUCAUUCUGGAUUUUAUUUCCUUGCAUUUGCUUGGUGAGAUUGGGACUCGGCCCACAGGAGAUUCCUGUCGGAGCUGGGUCUGCUUAAGGGGCCCAUAUGCGGGUGCAGAGAGGGGACGCUCCUCACCACAGGCUGGGGGUCUGCACGCCCAUCGCCCCAGGAAUCCUUGCAGGAGCUCCCCCAGCUCUCCUCUGGCCUUCCUCUCCCUCUGGGGACCAAACGCUGCAGAAGCUACUGAGAGCAGGUGUCCUGCUUUGGUGUUCACUGCUCAGCCCACGGGGGUGAAGGCCCUGAGGCCGAGUGGGAAGGAGAAGUAGCUGUAGGAGAGACCUUCUCUGUGGCCCCACUCAGCAGAGAUGUCUUCACAGACAAUCCAUUGACACGUCCAGGAAGGACAGGCUUUACUCUCUAUUUCAUAGGAAACUCAGGGGCUUGUCAAGUUGCUGAGAGUUUUGUUACGUUUGUUUGGUUUUUAAUCCAGCCCUCCCACUGCCAAAGGCCAAAGCUCAGGUCGUUGGAGGCUUUCAGCUGGCCGGUCUCACUGAUGCUGGUUCUCCCAUGCCACGGGGAAAGGGAGGCCCAGGACGUGCCGUGCAUUUCAAGGUGCAUGAGGGGCAGCCUGGGGGACUAUUUCCAGUAACUUCUUACUGUCGUGGCACAGAGCUGGGCCUUGCUGUUUCCUUUCCUCCCCAGUCCUAUUGGGGCUGCUGCAGUUCUCCUGAAGCUUCCGGUGGCAUCUCAGGGAAACACAAAGCCAUGUCUCUUCCCCAGUAUGGGGGUGGUUUUUGUAGGCUCAGCAGUUAGCUGCCAUAUAGAAGGCUCCUGAGGACUGGGAGUGGUGAGGUUUAAUGUGAUUUUCUGAAAAGGGGGAGUCCUGUGUGGAAUUUUGACCUUUGGCCAUGGUCUCCACUGUUCCUGGGCAUGAACUCCCUGAAAUCAACUGGGAAGACGGGCAGAACUGCUUAUGGGAAAAUUACCAUUUCAGGGUAAAAAGUCCCAGCUCUCCAGAGUCCUAGGGGCAGGCUCGGGUCGUGAUACUUCUGAUAAAAUGGGCCAUCUGCUUUGGGACAGCUUAUUUGAAAAGGUGGGGUGGCGAGGAGAAGAUGUGAGUCCUUCCCUCUCUGCCUGAUUCCUUGUCGCCUGUGGCCAUUUGUGUCCUCGGGGAAGAGGAAAGCCAAGGCUCCAGUCAGGGCCCCAGUGGGUCUCCCAAGCGUCGAGGAGAGGCUAGGCUAACCAGGAUCCAGCAGCAUUUGCCCGGAUUCUGUAGCACCCGGAGGUUGGGCAGGAUGGAGAACAGUGUCGGUCUGGUGAGAAACAGAAGAAAUAGCGUUACACUGGAACGAGGUCUGUUGGCUUCCUUCCUGGCCCACAUUUGGUUCUUUCUACCCUGUGGGCUUCUGUCCCGGCCCCUGUGAGUGAGGCCAGACUGGAUUAUUAGGCUCUUGCUGACGCGGGGUCACAUUUCACCAGCCAGGGCUUUGGACAGAGAGAGCAAAUAUGCCUCUGCAGAUUGCUCAAAGGCUGCAACCCAAGGUCUCUUAGAGAGAGAGAGAGAGAGGGGAUGACUGCAAGGACUGGAGAGCAGGAGUCAUGCCUCAUCAAGAGGAGAGACUGGCUCUGUCCAAGAAGAACCUCGAUAAGGCUUGGGCCAAUUCAGAGGUUCUUUCUUUUUGUUCAUCCAAAUUGUGUUGCCCUAGCCUUUUGGGGCACCUUCAGUAGCCAGUACCUGCGUCUUGCUCUUGCUCCUAGGACUCCUGUGUCAACAGGCCAGACAUACAGCCAUGCCUCUGUAAAGGCCAUCUUCUUCGCCAUCUUUGCUGGGUUCUAAUUGCUGUCAGAUAAUUCACAUUCUGGGGCUGAGAAGAAGUAAGAGGAACACCAAGAGCUCAGCAUGACUUUAAACAAGUUAUACCAAAGAGAGGUUAGGAGCUCUUUAUUUCAGUGGCAAACUAUGGUUUCCCAAGCUGCACAGAAGGGCAGGAACCUUGAGUCUGACAACUGGGUGGAACCAAGUGGGAAGCGGGCUGCCGCGUGAGUGGGGAGAGGGGCAGCAGUGCUUGUGAAGGAGGUACAGAAUAUUCUUUGCAUCGUAAGACAGAAUACGGGUUUAAUCUAGUCUAGAUACCAGAUUUUUUCCCCCUUCUUCAUAAGGAAAGCUAAGCAGAAAGUUUAUUUAAACUGCUUCUUGAGCUUUAUCUUUUUUGACACUAUACUGGAGAAACUUUGAAGAACAAGUUCAAACUGAUACAUGUAUACGUAUUUUUUUGAUAAUGUAAAUACAAUGGCCAUAUGUUAAUCCACCCUGCACUGCUUUGAGUGAAUAUACUUUGAAAAAACACUGUGUUAGCUAAGAGAGAUGGCUGUUUUCUUCUCUGAACAGGAAUGUAAAUGUCUAUUGUAUUAGAAAUGACAAGUUGUUUGAUUUUUUUUUUAAUGAAAACUGAAAUAUAACAAGACAGGCUUAUGACAAAAGUAUUAUAUUUGUCUUGCAGAUUGGGCAUUUUUGUUUUAAAAUAGGACCCUCACCCUCUCCGCAGCACACCAGCCCCGUCACAGUAAAGGCUGCAGUCGGGAUGCACUGGGUGGAAGGCACCACUAGUCCUAGAGAAAGGAAUUUAUAGAUCUAGUCCAAUCUUUCCCUACAGAAAAACAACCUGAAGCCCAGAAAGAUAGUGACUUGGCCCAAAUCACAUGGUUCAUGACAGGAUUAAAACCUGGGUGCACAGACUGUCCAGUGCCGUGUGCCUCAGGAGGUAUCAGUGAAUUAAGGACCGGUACUCAUGGCACCAGAAUGACACAAAGGACAGAAUUCCCUUCCCAAAUCUUACCCUAGUAAGGCCAGGGAAGGCAUGAAAACAAGAACAGCAAUCUCACGGGUCCUUUACAUUUCCUCCGAGUCAUUCAGGUCUAAGACGCAAAUGAACAGUUCUAUCUACCAAGAAACAGUUUGGAAUGAACUUUUACAUGUGGGACUUCCACUAGCAGGACUGAGGGUCCAAGGGAACAAGAUAGGGGUAGGCAGAGAGGGCAAGAGUAAAACAGUAGCCUAGCUUUUGUCGUUGUAACUAGCUGAUUCCCUUGGGCCUUCUGAAAACCCAGCACAGAGUGAAAGGAGGGGAUUGCUAUUUGAUGUGGGUCACUUUGUUAUUAGCGAAUGUCAAACACUUUGCCCAGGAGACUGGGGGAACAUGUGUCUUAGUGGACAGGGGUCUGAAGUACACUGGAAUUUACUGAGAAACUUGUUUGUAAAGACUAUCAUUAAUUAUUGCAUUUUCUUACAAAACUAUAUUUUGGAAAAUUGUAUACCGUUAAUUAAAGUGUUUUUGUGUAAA